AUGCUGUGCGGCCAGGCCAGCAGCGGCGCGCCGCCGCCGCCGCCGUCUCCCGACCAGGAGCCCAUCGACCCGCGCGCCUAUGAGCACCUGCUCUGGGGGCCGCUCGGCGACCCGGCCGGCUAUGUGUGUCUCACCCCGCUCACCCCGACCGCGGCGCCUCCCGGGGCGACACCCUGCUCGGCCGCCGGCGCCGAUACAGAGCCCGCCGAGAAAAAACGACGCGGCAGGAAGAAAGGUCAGACGCGCGAGUCAGGUGCGUGGACGGCCAACAAGAGACUGGGUCGGCCUCUGGGCACCACCCGCGCCAAUGGCUACAAGGUGGGCUGUCGCGGCGGCCGGCGCAAGGGGACCACACGCGCUAACGGCUACAAGGUGAGCGGCGGUCGGCCGCGCGGCACAACGCGCGCUAACGGCUACAAAGUCAGCACGGGCCGGCCCAAAGGCACUACCGUGGCCAACGGCUACAAGUGCAGCACGGGCCGGCCGCGCGGCCCGUCCGGCGUGGCUAAGGAGGGAGACACGGACUGCGGCCGACCGAGCGCGCCCGUCCUGCAGGGCGGCGCGGCCACCGACACACCGGGACAAGAUGCCAUGAAAUGCGAGGAGAAAGGACUCACGACCACUGCUUCCUGGAUGCCACCGAAGAUUGACGGACCCCUCAGCCUGGAUACGAUGGAGUCGGCGGCGCUGCGUGCCGGGUACGACGGCGCCGCCGUGCCGCCGCUGCAGCCCUGCGCGGUGGGCCGCACCCCGCCAACACCGGCCGCCGGUCAGCUCUCUCCCCUGGCCGAGCCGGCCGGACCCCAGCAGGGCUCGCCGGGGCCGCCGUCCGGCGCCGAGGGCCCCUUCUCGCCGGGCGGCGGGCCGCUGCGCCAGCUCUCCGGCGGCUCGCCCGACCAGUACUCGCCCAUCACGGUGACCACCUCUCCGGCCGAGUACUCGCCGGCCGGCACCGGCCCCUCGUCCGUGGGCCAGUACUCGCCCAUCAGCAACGCGCCCACGCCCGCCCAGUUCUCUCCGAUGGGCGUGGCGGGGCCGGCACAGCAGUACUCACCGCCGCCGUCCAUCGCCCGGUCGUCGAGCCACCAGUACUCACCGCCGCUGCCCGUGAGCCGCUCCCUGAGCCAGCAGUACUCUCCGCCGCCCCCAGCCGGCAGAUCGCCCAACCAGCAGUACUCCUCGCCCCUCCCGGCCACCCGGUCCCCGGGCCACGAGUACCCCGCGGCGCUGUCCGCCGCCCGGUCACCCAGUCAGCCGUAUCCCUCUCCCCUUCCGGACUCCAGGCCGCCGAGCCAGCAGUACUCUCCGCCGCUGCCGACGGAGAGAGCUCCCAACGAGCCGUACUCACUGGGUUCUGUGUCCAUCACCAGAGUACCCAACCAGCAGUACUCCUCUCUGCCGGCGCCGGGGACCUCAAACCAGCAGUACUCCCCGACCCACCCGCUGGCCAGGUCGGCCAACAAAUACUACUCGCUCUCACUGCCGAUAGCCAGGUCAUCCAGCCAGCAGUACUCGCCGCCGCUCUCGGCCGCCAGGUCGCCCAGCCAGCAGUACUUUCCACCACUCUCGGUUGCCAGAACGUCUGGCCAGCAGUACUUCCCGCCCCUGUCGUCUGUCGGCUCUGGGGGCGAGCAGUACCCGUCCCACAUGUCCAUGAGCCGGGCGGCUAUGCUGCAGUCUGCCAUGCCGCUGGCCGUUUCCCGGUCGCUGAGUCAGUUCUACUCCCCGGACACGGUGGCCGAUUGCGGCUCGUCCGUGUUCGCUCCCUCCACGUCAGCCGGGGGCGCCGGCACGCCGUGCUACGGCGCCGCUCUGCUGCCCAUGUGAGCCGCCGCGGCGCGGCCGCCGGCGCCCCCCGAGCCUGCGAGUCGCGCGUGUUAACGACAAGCGUCCACUCGCAGCGCCCUGGCGCGGCUCGGCCCCAGCGUCCAGCCCGCCCCGCUGUCCUACCGGCGCCGCCGGGUUCCAGCCCCGCGGAUCCCACCGGUACACUCGGAUCCCAGUUGGAUCCCGCCGUUACAGACGGAUCGCAGUUGGAUCCCACCGGUAUGGUUGAUCCCAGUUGGACCCCACCGGUACACUUGGAUCCCGAUUGGAUCCCACCGGUGCUGUUGGAUCUCAGUUGGAUCCCACCGGCGCCACGGAUCCCACCAGCUCGUUUCCGCCGCGCUGCCCGAUCCCGUCGGCACAGUUAGUUUCCAUCGCCGCUGUCAGAUCCGCCAGCGCGGUUCGACUGUCCAGUGCAAUCUGAGCUAAUGCGCUGUAGCCACGUGUCGUGCUGAUUGAGGGUCACCAGCAGAUCAAAGUGUCCAGGCAACAUUUCAUUAUAUCGCCGAUAUGUGAAUUAGAGGCUGGCUGUCUCCGAUAGGCCAUAUUUUACGCAGGCCAGUCAGCCAUGCAGUGUUAAGACCUCAUAAUGUUUACCAGCCUGCGGUAAUCGGGGGACAUUUGAACUUCUAUCUGAUAGCACCUGAGCUCAAUGAACUUAUGCAUGCUACAACAUUAUUUUACCAAAUUUUCUUCGGACUUUCCUCAAUUAAUGCUCAUCCAGCGGGCUACAGUGCCGGCUCAAUCUGUGCUCAAGUCACACAGGUUCCCCCAGCCCCCCCUCCCCCCCCCUCACGUUCCACUUUGAUCCGCGCACUUUGUAGCCCACACUGAUAUUGCUUUUUUCGACAAUCAGUAUGAGUCGGUACAUAUAGCCAAUUAUGAUAAGACGAUGUAGCGAUCGAUACGGACCUGUUUCCCUAGAAAUGGUCACACCGGUCUUACCAUGGCAACCUUUUACAACAGUGCCGAGUCGGUGUUCUUUGACGCGUUUCCCGUCGUCGGCCAGCGUAUUGACUCGCCGCUAUUUCUGGUAGUCGUUCAGUGUUCAGGCCAAAUUCGGGCAGCAGCUGAUCCUCCGGGGCUUAUGACCGUCGCAAUGUCGCAUUACCGGUAAAUGUCCGGGCUGCUGGGUAUGUAGUGUUGGUCGUCGUUCUGCUAUAGAUAAUGUCAUUUGGGACACUGGAUACAGCGGAAAUCGGAGACUCGAUCAUUGCUUUUGAUGAGGCUGGCCAAUGGCCGCAUAGGUAUAUGCAGUUGUAACUCAGAUAGACUGCGUGUAAACGAGCAGUUUUUAUUAGGCUUUUUCGUAUUAACCACACUGAAAUCCGCUAUGAAUGAAAACAGAGCACAUGUGUUCAAUUAUUUCACGGCGACAAUACCUGAAAUGACGUCAGAAGUCUGUCCAUGAUGGGUUUAUGUUUCGUUUGACAAGAGCUGCGUCUGCUGUCCCUUCCCUUGGAGCAAAAAGUCUGCUUAUUCUAGACGUGCUGGUACUUUUUUGUGCACUGCGAUUAAGCGUUCAUAAUUGUUAGCCAUAUGGUACUUAAUUGAUCUAGGCGCAAGUGUGUUUUUUGGCCAUACCAGCUAUACUUAUAUGGAAAUGCACACAAUACGAUUCGUGCAGAUCAUUUUUUAGUUUGUAGGGCACAUUAUAAAAAAAAAUCAGUUGCUAAACCACUGCAACCUCUGACGAAUGUAACAAAGCGACCACUUUCCAACGCUCACCAUUGGUACGGAUGCUACCCAAAAAGGCUUUUCAUGAAGUCUUGAUAUUUGCUCACGAAAACGGCUGUGUGAAUAAAAGAUAUGGAUAUCAACCACGUCAAACAUUACAUUCUCUAAAUGUCCUAAUUCCCCAAUGUUACUUUGAUUAAGUCCAGUUUAAAGUUGUUGAAAAUGUUAGCAGGCAUGUAGUACAGUUAAAGCAGGUGAAAACACGUGUUAAUCAAAUGGACAAAUUAAAUGUAUUGUUCUGCACGUUUCCCCAGUCGCUCUUCGUAUUAAAAACAACAACAUAAAUUUGCACUUGUUAUCCAUUCUAAUACAUCUAAAAUACCAGCUGCCAUCGAUUUUAACUAGCCAUGGAAUAAGACUCUCUGUUGUGCACCACCCUCCGCACCCAUUCCAAGGGGCAGGCGUAUCUAUAUCUGACUAGCGGGAUGGCGUAAAGCGACGAUUUGAAACGGCGAGACUCGAGUCGCGCUUUAGCGUCUGCCCGUAGUCGGCAAUAUAAGGCAUAAGCGACAGGCAAGGGCUACUUAACUAGACAUUUAGAAAUCAAGGUAAAAUAAGUCAACUUCAGGUUUGAAUUCGGAGGCUUUAGUCAUUCGGACAUCAGCGUAAAAACGUUUCAGCUUGGUCCCAUAAUUAUUUUAGCUUGCCGCCCAAGGGAGGCAUCAAUUGGCAAAAUGUGGGCCCGAUGUUGAUUGUGGUGCUUAGCACAAAUCUAAUGAAUUCAAUCUUGAACUCGUCUUAACUAAAUCCAAGGGUAAAAAUGAGCGAACGGGCGUUAGCUAUCAUCUGACUAUGGCGCCUCGCGGUUUGCGAGCACAGCUUUCUUUCGGCAGCCUCAUUGGGAAUGUACACACAGUAAGACCGCUCGUGUAUAAAAUCAAAUUAUCUCAGGUAAAACAGUUCUGCCCUGUGCUCAUUUAGGGCAAAUAAAUAAACUGGUGAGCAAAGGUAACUGGGAGUAACUGGGGAUUUCGCGUUGGCGUUGCCCCGUAGAAGUGAGCUAAGGUGAUAAGGCUAUCAAAUAUGCGUCUGGCCUGGCGAGGUUCAAUGUACGAAAUACAUGCGCAAAUAUUUUUGUAGUGAAGAGAGCAUAACAUGUUAUGCCUGUUACCGGAAAACUUUGCGCACCUGAUAUUCAACAUAAAUAUUCUUAACUUUGUUGUUUGCCAGGCCAGAAUAAAACUUGAGAAGUAUCAAAAGCACUAGCUGGUUACUGCAUGCCGAUACUGAUUUUUCCCAGAUACCUUAGGUCUACCACAUUUUUCUACAAUCGUAGCGAACCUGAAUCAAAACCGCCACAGCGGGCGAGCUCUGCUCCAUCGGUGUUUGUGCGUGUGUUUUCGCCGGUGUCUUGUGUGCUGUCGUGCUUUCUAGGUACAGCCGCUUGGUGUUCUGUGCGGAGAACAUUUAACGAAAAGCCCUCACCCGGUGUGUCACCCGGUCCAUCGACCGCGUUAGUCGCGGUCGUACGUUAGUUGUUGGGGUGUUCUCGAUGUGCCGAAGGGCUUGUGCUGCAAGAUUUACCGGUCAAUGUUGCAGGCUAUUAGAGAUACAUGUUUAGUGAACUUUGGG